UGCUGCUCCAAAGCAGUAGAAGUGACUUCCUGCUGGGGGAAACGAUCAAAAAGCCAGACAAGCCCCUUGUUGGAUAGUGCAAAACUUUCCAUUCUAAUUCGUACACUUUAUACACAUGUAGAGAUGCUGUACAUACAGAACACGCCCUCCAGACCCAUUUGAGGUUUCUUGAUGAUUGUCACAGGUUACUGGAGAAACAAAGAGGAUUUGUGAGUGGAGUGGAGAGGUUUAGAGAUUCAAAUGUCAAGGACAAGUCAAAGCCAUAGAAACCAUGCUUUUCAACCUGAGCAAUGGGAGCUGCCAAAUCCCUCUGGCAAAUGACCGAGUUGGUCUAACCUACAUCUACAGCUUUGCCUUCUCUCUGGGUCUCCCAGCCAACCUGCUCUCCCUUUGGGGACUUUACCAGCUAGGCCGGUCUGGUGUGGGCGGCUGCCAGCUGGUUUAUAUACUGAACUUACUGCUUUCGGAUCUUCUUCAGCUACUUACCUUGCCUCUUUGGAUCCUUUACCUGCAGGGAGACCACCGCUGGCCUUACGGGUCUAUGACAUGCCAGUUAGUGGGCUAUGUCUUCUACGUUAACCUCUAUGCAAGUGUCAUCUUUCUUUGUCUCAUUGCCCUGGACCGCUGUCUCGCAAUCGUGUACCCUCUAAGCAGCCGUGGUGUACGGAAGGUGCGAGUAGCAGCAUUCUCCGGUGUUGUAGUCUGGACUUUGAUAUUUCUUUUCUGUCUGACUGGCCUCUACCCAUCUGUCUUUGAGCCCCAGAGAGAACUAUGUCUUGAGCAGUUUCCCAUAAGCAACAGAUAUGCUUACUUUAAGAUUUCCACAGUAGCUUUAGGGUUUCUGAUGCCCUGCUCUAUACUAGGGUACACCUCAGCCCGAAUUGGCCGGACUCUACGGAGCUCCCUGUCUGUCUCUGAUCACGAACGCCGCAGAAUUGUGGCGACCCUGAUUGUCAUCACGGUCAUCUUUAUUGUCAUUUUUGGUCCCUAUCAUCUGUUGGGUGGCUACAGAUUUGUCAUGCUGCUUCUCACAGAAAAUGAGAAGGACCAGUGUUCAGUGGAACUUUCCCUCUACCUUUACUAUCGGAUCUGCUAUGGUCUCACCAGCCUCAACACCCUUCUAGACCCUCUUCUGUAUAUCUUUCUUUGCAAUGAUGCUCGUCAGGAGCUUCGCAAAUCUCUUCUCUGCCCCUGCACAGGUCAUAGGGUGCACUAGUAUCACGCAUCACAACUUUUUCCGAAGGCCUUCUCAACCACAGCACUUAUGGUUAGCCGCCUCGUGCAGAUGCUAAUCAGAGAUGGAGGUUUUGUGAAGCAUGUGCUGAAAGCCAGCAGGUAUUUUCACACAUGACGUGAAAAUGUCUUAUCAGACUGAGCUUUGACAAAUUGCUUGUUGCCACUGUAAUGACAUCAGUGGAGUCAUUAAGACAUGGCUGGUAUGAGAUAUCGGUAUGUUCUCUGGAUCACUGUCGCUACUAGGAACUACAUGUGUCAGAGCUCCGCCAGCAGCAUCUUCAGUUCAGUGUUCAGACUUCUAGGCAGCUAGAUGAGAUUAUAAUCAAAUUCUGCUGUGCAGAUGAAGGAAUAGUUCACCAAAAAAAUUUAAAUUCUGUCAUUAUUUACUCACCCUCGUGUCAUUACAAAACCGUAAGACCUUCUGACAUGUCACCAUAUUUGAUUUGUUUUUCUUUACAGGAGUUUAUUUCAGUCUGUUUAUCAAACAAUUGAUUGUAUGCAUUCAAAAGACUUGGAAUAUAACACAAGUUGCGUGGACUACUUUAUUACACUUUUGGGAGCUUUUUUAAACUUUAAAGUGAGUCACUAAAGACUGCUAUUUUAUUCAAAUUAGCAAAUGGAAUAUCCUUUAAAAUAUAUCCUUUUUAUGUUCUGCAGAAGAAAGAAGGUGUUAUGGGUUUAGAAUGACAUGAGAGAAUGUAUCUCUACUGAAUUCAGUUGUAAUGUGUUUUGUCCAACACCUGUAAAAAUCUGUUCUAUGCUCUGGUCUGUCUUGCUGCUGUUUUUGUAUUGUUUUUGUAUUGUUGUACACUGGAAGCUCCUGUCACCAAGACAAAUUCCUUGUAUGUGUAAGCACACUUGGCAAUAAAGCUGAUUCUGUCAUGGCUGUCAAUCUCUAGCGACAUUGAAUCAAAUCAAGGGUGUCACCUACUGGAGGAUAUAUGCAAAGGCAUGCCAAUGUAUGCAGUCAGAUCAAAGCAAGUUUGAUCAAGCAACAGCAACUUUUUUGAUAGGACUUUGUAAUUGUAACAUGGCAAAAGAUCCAGACUCCAUGCCUGCUCUUAGGUGCAUUUGACCACUAGAGGCCAGUGUGUUCAUUGUUCACUUCAGCAAUAUACUGGGUUUGUUUGCAUAUCCAUUACUACUUUUGCCAUGACAAAUGCUUCAAACAGUAGUAUGAUACAUUGUUGUCACGUGAACUGAUUACAAGCAUGCUUACAGUAAAUCGAUCAGAAACAAAAAUGGUUAUUUUGCAUUAUUAAUCUAAUUUUGUGAAAAGUGCCUAAAAAUGUGUAAACUUGCACAUGCCCAUAACUUAUUUUCAGCAGAGCUCAUUCCGCUCCAACACACAUGGUUGUAAUUAGCUGUUUCAGGGACUGGGUCUAUUUUGACAUCAGAUAUGUACAUUGGGUUUUUUUUUGUUACAUUUUAUGUUGUUUAGAGGAUGCUUAUUGGAUUAUUUUUGUGACAUUGUUUCAUUGCGUGUUACACUGAUGAGGAUUUGUUUUUGUGUGGGUGACACUGUGCACCGUCGAUACAUGUUUAUUGGCCAUUGCUCAUGGAAGGGCCACUCUUGAUGAACUUCAUGUGGCCUUCUGUUUUACCACCUGUGUUACUAUGUGAGUUGAGUCUCAACAAGUCACUAAAAUACACAUUAAAAUAAA